AUUGUCCCGCUUCUCCAGCCCUAACAAAGCGUCCUCCUUCGCUUCGCAGAGCACCGGAGGCGGGCGGCCGGCUGUGCUGGCGCUCCGAGAGGCCGACAGAAGGUGAGCGCUGUGGGCUAUGGGAUGGAUGAGGUGGAGCAGGACCAGCAUGAGGCCCGACUCAAGGAGCUGUUUGACAGUUUUGACACGACGGGCACCGGGUCUCUGGGGCAGGAGGAACUCACUGAGCUUUGCCACGUGUUGAGCCUGGAGGAGGUGGCCCCAGUGCUGCAACAGACGCUACUUCAGGACCACCUGGGCAGGGUGCACUUUGAUCAAUUUAAAGAAGCAUUAAUACUUAUCUUGUCUAGAACUCUAUCAAACGAAGAACACUUUCAAGAACCAGCAUCUGUGGGUGUCAGCUGCCAACAAGUAGCUCGGGUGUCUGGGCCGCUCCUGAAUACUCACAAGCUGACACACUCUCUUCUGAUAAAAGACUGCUCACUAGAAGCUCAGCCCAAAUAUGUUAGAGGUGGGAAGCGUUAUGGACGGAGGUCCUUGCCCGAGUUUCAAGAGUCGGUGGAGGAGUUUGCAGAGGUGACGGUGAUUGAGCCACUGGAUGAAGAAGCGCGGCCUUCGCACAUCCCAGCCAGUGAGCGCAACGAGCACUGGAAGACGCAACACAGUGAGGAGUAUGAAGCAGAAGGCCAGUUAAGGUUUUGGAACCCAGAUGAUUUGAAUGCCUCACAGAGUGGGUCUUCCCCUCCCCAAGACUGGAUAGAAGAGAAACUGCAAGAAGUUUGUGAGGAUUUGGGGAUCACCCGUGAUGGUCACCUGAACCGAAAGAAGCUCGUCUCCAUCUGUGAGCAGUAUGGUUUGCAGAAUAUUGAUGGAGAGAUGCUUGAGGAAGUAUUCCAUAAUCUUGAUCCCGAUGGUACAAUGAGUGUGGAAGAUUUUUUCUAUGGUUUGUUUAAAAAUGGAAAAUCCCUUACACCAUCGGCAUCUACUCCGUACAGACAACUGAAGAGACAUCUCUCCAUGCAGUCUUUUGACGAGAGCGGGCGACGCACCACCACCCCGUUGGCAAUGACGAGUACCACCGGCUUUCGGGUCUUCUCCUGCCUGGACGAUGGGAUGGGCCACGCAUCUGUGGAGAGAAUACUUGACAGCUGGCAAGAAGAGGGCAUCGAGAACAGCCAGGAGAUCCUGAAGGCCUUGGAUUUCAGCCUUGAUGGAAACAUCAACUUGACUGAACUGACGCUGGCUCUUGAAAAUGAACUUUUGGUCACCAAGAACAGCAUUCACCAGGCGGCUCUGGCCAGCUUUAAGGCUGAGAUCCGGCAUUUGUUGGAACGAGUUGAUCAAGUGGUCAGAGAAAAAGAGAAGCUACGAUCAGAUCUGGACAAGGCUGAGAAGCUCAAGUCCUUAAUGGCCUCAGAGGUGGACGAUCACCAUGCGGCCAUAGAGCGGCGGAAUGAGUACAACCUCAGGAAACUGGACGAAGAGUACAAGGAGCGAACAGCAGCCUUGAAGAAUGAACUCCGAAAAGAGAGAGAGCAGAUCAUGCAACAGAUGGGCAAGCAGCGGUUAGAACUUGAGCAGGAAAUUGAAAAGGCAAAAACAGAAGAGAACUACAUCCGAGACCGCCUUGCCCUCUCUUUAAAGGAAAACAGUCGUCUGGAAAAUGAGCUUCUGGAAAAUGCAGAGAAGUUGGCAGAGUAUGAGAAUCUGACAAACAAACUUCAGAAAAAUUUGGAAAAUAUGUUAGCAGAAAAGUUUGGUGACCUCGAUCCCAGCAGUGCUGAAUUCUUUCUGCAAGAAGAGAGGCUGACACAGAUGAGAAAUGAGUACGAGCAGCAGUGCAGGGUAUUACAGGACCAAGUGGAUGAACUCCAGUCUGAGCUGGAAGAAUAUCGUGCACAAGGCAAAGUGUUCAGGCUUCCUCUGAAGAACUCGCUGUCAGAAGAACUUGAUGUUAACAGUGGUGGCAUUGAGGCCGACCAGGGGCUUGGUUCUGAAGAAUGCAAUCCAUCAAACAUGAGCAUCGAGGCAGAGCUCGUCAUUGAACAGAUGAAAGAACAGCAUCACAGGGACUUAUGUUGCCUCAGACUGGAGCUGGAAGAUAAAGUGCGCCAUUACGAAAAGCAGCUGGAUGAAACUGUGGUCACCUGUGAAAAGGAGCGGGAGCGCAUGAAUCAAAGGCAUGAGAAUGAAAUGCACACCUUGGAAAAACAAAUAAGUGACCUUAAAAAUGAAAUUGCAGAACUGCAGGGGCAGGCAGUAGUACUCCAGGAGGCACAGCACGAGACCACCCGCAGGCUCGAGGAGGAGAAAAAACAGCUGCAGAUGAAGUUUGAGGAAGAAAAGACUCACCUGCAGGAGAAGCUGAGGCUAGAACAUGAGGAGGAGCUCGAGGUUAGACUUGCGCAGGCGGAGGAAGGCUUUGAGCGGGAGAGGGAGGGACUCCUUCAGAGUAGCACCUGGACAGAUGAGAAGGUGCAAGGCUUGACUCAGGAAUUAGAGCGAUUUCACCAGGAGCAGCUGGCAAGCCUGGUGGAGAAGCACUCUCUUGAGAAAGAGGAGUUGAGAAAAGAGCUCUUGGAAAAGCACCAAAGGGAGCUUCAAGAGGGAAGGGAAAAAAUGGAAACAGAGUGUAAUAGAAGAACCUCUCAAAUAGAAGCCCAGUUUCAGGCUGACUGUCAGAAAGUCACGGAGAGAUGUGAAAGUGCCCUGCAAAGCCUGGAGGGGCGCUACCGCCAGGAGCUGGAGGACCUUAUGGAACAACAACACGAGGAGAAAUCCCAGUGGGAAUUUGAGAAGGACGAGCUCACCCAGGAGUGUGCAGAGGCUCAGGAGCAGCUUAAAGAGACCCUUCAGAGAGAGAAAGCAACUUCUCUGGUCCUGACCCAGGAGAGAGAGAUGUUAGAGAAAACAUACAAAGAACAUUUGAACAGCAUGGUCGUCGAGAGAGAGCAGCUGCUCCAAGACCUGGAAGAUCUAAGAAAUGUGUCCGAAAGCCAGCAAAGCCUGCUGUCUGGCCAGAUACUUGAGCUGAAGAGCAGUCACGAGAGAGAAUUGAGGGACUGUGAGCAGGUCCUCUGCCAGGCUGGGGCCUCAGAGCAGCUGGCCAGCCAGCGGCUUGAAAGGCUUGAAAUGGAACGUGACCAGGAAAGGCAGGAAAUGAUGUCCCAGCUUCUGGCCGUGGAGAGCGUCCACAAAGUGACCUGUGAGAAGGCAGAUCGAGAGAGGGCUGAGAUGAACACAGAAAUCUCCAGGCUUCAGAAUAUAAUCAAGGAAAUGCAGCAGGUGGCAUCUCCUCUCUCCAGACUUCAGAGUGGCUGCCAGGCAGUGGGAGGGGAGGACAUGGAAGGCAACGGAGCCAUGUCCCUGCUUCAGCAAGGGGAGCAGCUAUUGGAAGAAAAUGGAGAUGUCCUCUUAAGCCUGCAGAGAGCUCAUGAACGAGCAGUGAAGGAAAAUGUGAAAAUGGCUACAGAAAUUUCUAGAUUGCGACAAAGGCUGCAAAUAUUAGAGCCAGGGUCAGUGAUGUCUUCUUGUUUAGACGAGCCAACUACUGAGUUUUUUGGGAAUUGUGCAGAACAAACAGAGCUGUUGUUACUGCAAAACCAAAUGAAGCAAGUAGAAGGUGCAACCACAAGGCACAUCCUAAGUGACCUGCAAGACAGUGAGGUCCGGGACAUAAGAAGUACGGGGAAGAGCUAUGCUCAGAGACAGGAGGUCAAAAUAGAGGAAUCAGAGGCUUCAAUAGAGAGUUUUUCUGAGCUUGAAAAUAGUGAAGAGACCAGGACCGAAAGCUGGGACCUGAAGAAUCAGAUCAGUCAGCUCCAGGAACAACUGAUGAUCUUACGCAAAGACUGCGAUCGAGCUUCUGAAAAGAAACAGGACCUGCUUUUUGAUGUUUCUGUGCUAAAAAAGAAGCUAAAGAUGCUUGAGAGAAUCCCUGAGGCUUCUCCCAAGUAUAAGUUGUUAUAUGAAGAUGCUAGUAGGGAAAAUGACUGCCUCCAGGAAGAGCUGAGAAUGAUGGAGACACGCUACGAUGAGGCACUGGAAAAUAACAAAGAGCUUACCGCAGAAGUUUUCAGGCUGCAGGAUGAGCUCAAGAAAGUGGAGGAAGUGACAGAAACAUUCCUUAGCCUAGAAAAGAAUUACGAUGAGGUCAAAACAGAAAAUGAGGAGCUGAAUGUUCUAGUUUUGAGACUGCAGAGAAAGAUUGAGAAGCUGCAGAAAAGAGCAGCCCGACAAUGUGACUGUUUCUCCUUGUGGGAAGCUCGUUUAGAUAAUCUGGGAGUCGAACCUCAUGAAAAGAUACUCGAACUCAAUCAGACACUGGAAGAGCGUGUGCCCAAGGUUGUGAGUGUACACCAUAUUAUAGAAGACUGUAAACAAGAAAAGCAGUACCUUGAGCAGGGGAAUACAGGGCUCUUGGAAAAUGGAAAAGCACAUGAAAUUGCCUGGUUACACGGAACAAUUCAAACACAUCAAGAAAAGCCAAGAGUACAGAAUCAAGUCAUCCUGGAGGAAAACACUACUCUCCGAGGCAUUCAAGAGAAACAUUUUCAGCGCCAGGCCACAAUAGCAGAGUUAGAACUGGAGAAAAAAAAGCUACAGGAGCUAACUAGAAAGUUGAGGGAGAGAGUCACUACUUUAGUUAAGCAAAAAGAUAUACCUUCUCAAGGAGAGAAGGAGGAAGAGCUGAAGGCAAUGAUGCAUGACUUGCAAAUCACAUGCAGUGAGAUGCAGCAAAAAGUUGAACUUCUGAGAUAUGAAUCUGAAAAGCUUCAAGAGGAAAAUUCUAUUUUGAGAAAUGAAAUUACUACUUUAAAUGAAGAAGAUAGCAUUUCUAACCUGAAAUUAGGGAAAUUAAAUGGAUCUCAGGAAGAAAUGUGGCAAAAAAUAGAAACUGUAAAACAGGAAAAAGCUGCAGUUCAGAAGAUGGUUGAAAAUUUAAAGAAACAGAUUUCAGAAUUAAAAAUCAAAAACCAACAUUUGGAUUUAGAAAAUACAGAACUUAGCCAAAAGAAUUCUCAGAAUCAGGAAGAAUUGCAAGAACUUAAUCAACGUCUGACAGAAAUGCUAUGCCAGAAGGAAGAGGGGCCAGGAAGUAGUACAUUCAAGGAAUGGGAACAAGAAAAGUCUCAUCUGAAAGAAGAACUGGAACACUGUAAAGUGCAGUCUUCUGCUUUAGUGUCUUCUCUGGAGGCGGAACUUUCCGAAGUUAAAAUACAAACCCAUAUUGUGGAACAGGAAAACCUCCUUCUCAAAGAUGAACUGGAGAAAAUGAAACAACUGCACAGAGGUCCUGAUCUCUCUGACUUCCAGCAAAAAAUUUCUAGUAUUCUAAGCUACAAUGAAAAAUUGCUGAAAGAAAAGGAAGCUCUAAGUGAAGAAUUAAAUAGCUGUGUGGAUAAGUUGGCAAAAUCAAGUCUUUUAGAGCACAGAAUUGCUACAAUGAAGCAGGAACAGAAGUCUUGGGAGCACCAAAGUGAGAGCUUAAAGUCACAGCUGGUGGCUUCACAGGAAAAGGUUCAGAAUUUAGAAGAUACUCUGCAGAAGGUAAACCUGCAAAUGUCCCAGAUUAAAUCAGACCUACGAGUGACUCAGCAGGAAAAGGAGGCUUUAAAACAAGAAGUGAUGUCUUUACAUAAGAAACUUCAGAAUGCUGGUGACAAGAACUGGGCCCCAGAAAUAGCUACCCAUCCAUCAGGGUUCCAUAACCAGCAGAAAAGGCUUUCUUGGGACAAGUUGGAUCAUCUGAUGAAUGAAGAACAACAGCUGCUUUGCAAAGAGAAUGAGAGACUCCAAACCGUGGUACAGAACACCAAAGCAGAACUCACACACUCCCGGGAGAAGGUCCGUCAGCUGGAAUCCAACCUUCUUCCCAAGCACCAAAAACAUCUAAACUCAUCAGGUACUGUGAAACCCACGGAGCAAGAAAAGCUGAACUUAAAGAGAGAAUGUGAACAGUUUCAAAAGGAACGAUCUCCUACUAAUAGAAAGGUCAGUCAGAUGAAUUCCCUUGAACGAGAAUUAGAAACAAUUCAUUUGGAAAAUGAAGGCCUGAAAAAGAAACAAGUAAAACUGGAUGAGCAGCUCAUGGAGAUGCAGCACCUGAGGUCCACUGUGAUGCUUAGCCCAUCCCCUCACACUUGGGAUCUGCAGCUGCUCCAGCAGCAGGCCUGCCCAAUGGUGCCCAGGGAGCAGUUUCUGCAGCUUCAACACCAGCUGCUGCAGGCAGAAAGGAUAAACCAACACCUGCAGGAGGAACUUGAAAACAGGACCUCCGAAAGCAACACACCACAGGGAGACCAGGAACAACUGGUAACUGUCAUGGAAGAACGAAUGAUCGAAGUUGAACAGAAACUGAAACUGGUGAAAAGGCUUCUUCAGGAAAAAGUGAAUCAACUCAAAGAACAACUCUGCAAGAAUACUAAAGCAGAUGCAAUGGUGAAGGAUUUGUAUGUUGAAAACGCACAGUUAUUGAAAGCUCUGGAAAUGACUGAACAGCGACAGAAAACAGCAGAGAAGAAAAAUUACCUCUUGGAAGAGAAGAUUGCCAGCCUCAGUAAUAUAGUCAGGAAUCUGACACCAGCGCCACUGACUUCUACACCUCCUUUGAGGUCAUAGCCAAACCAAAGGAUAUACUCAUAUUUGUGCACUUUACUGAAAUAGAUGGAACAUUUCAGUAGGCUCUCUCAAUGCUUUUUUUUUUUAAACCUUUAAUGGCUUAAAAUUAAGCCUAACCUAAAACUGCCAGCAACAGAAUUGGAGUCUCCAUUCAUUGUAAUUAGUUUUUCUAAAUAGACCUUUAUGAGAGUCAAAUACAUAUUUACAUAUAUCACUGUUUAAAUUAUUCCUAAGAUUUAACUUUAUUUUUUUUAAGUGUUCUAAUAGCCACCAAGAUGGUGGAUAUAUGAAUACAAUUCAAGAACCUUAAUAUCCCAGUUUUGAGUGAGUUUUUUUAAAUCACUAUCACAAAUCUGUGUAUAAAGUCCAGAUAAUUUGAGAUAUGAUUAGAAUGGUUAUUAAUGAACUUUAUUUUAAAACUGAAUUUAGGUGUUCUCACACAUUUAAAUACUGAUAAGUCAUUCUGUUUGUAAUAUUUUGGUUCUUUGAAUUAAUUGGUAGACUGGAUUAACUGGUAGAUUAUAAUUCUAUUUGAUGAGGAGGCUGGCUGGGCUCAAUAAUCAUUGGGGUCAGAAGAGCCCAUCUGUAGAACUCUACUUUCUAACACCUGUGACAGUAUUACCACUCUUUGUAUCAUAGAUUUCGAACUGAUUUACUCAACUGCACUCAACUAAUGUCAAAGCUUUACUUUCUUUAAACAGCCUUUUCUUCCCACCCUUAGAAGUUUCAUUUGGGAGCUUGGCGUCUAAGAAAUGGAUAAAGCCACACUAUUAAAGCAUUGGAACUACAGGGAAAGCACUGAACAAACCACUUUGGAGUAAACAGCUCCUCCUAGAAGAGGGAUGAGCAGACCAUCUGCAUUUUCAGUCUCUAAGUCUUGGAGUUCAUGAAUUUAUCUUUCCAAUUGCCUCAAGAACUCAGGGAACAAUACAUUAAACUGUCUUCCUGAAACUACUGUAGGACCUAAGAAUUUGAAAUGUAUAAACCAUGUGACCUCAUUUGUCUUAUAUAUUUACAGCCAUAGUAUUAAUAGACUUUUUAUUUCUACAUUUUUAGUAAAUUUAAUCUUCUGAGGAUAAAAAGGCCUUGAUUUUAGAGUUAAAAAUCUCUUCUAACUUAUGGAUGAGUUUAAUAUAGGUCAAAAUUGUCAUGCUUCUUACUUCUUCUGUACCUCAGAUCUGAUUGUAAGAAUUUCUUACUGUGACAAGCACUGGCAUGCCCUCUGAGGUGAAGGACUGCCAAAUAGGACUUUCCAUUCGUUCUCAAGAUCAGAACUUUAUAGAAUGGUAAACAUUUUAGAUUGGGUAACUUUUUUUCCUCCAGUUAAAAUCUCUGCCUCUAGUCUACUUCCGCCAGCAGUUGGAGGAGGACUUACUAGGAGCAGGGCACUACCAAGGCUCCUCUCAGCCGCCUGCUUGUUUUCAUGGGAGAGUACUUAGAUCAGAAAAAUUACUUCGAUGUAUUCCUGGAGGGCUAAGCCCAUCUACCUACAAGAGGUAUAACAGCAAAAUCAAAUACUGCUUUACAGGCAGAAACACAAGAUAAAGCAAACUGCCUACGCAUUCAUGUUAGGAACUCAAUCUCAACAAAAUAAUUUCCAUCAAGAAACUUUAGAGCUCUUUGAGGCCUAACCAUCCGCUAUCAGUCUCCCCUGCCAACUCAGAAGUCCUCACCAAAAAAGCCCUGACAAGGCAGGACUGGGAGUUUUCACUGAAGAAGCAGACCUUUUAAUUUUUGCACAGCUCUUAUCAGAAAGUCCUGAUGUCUUCUGGGAAAAGAAUUUUGAUCGUUCCCUGUAAUUACACUUCAAAAUAUUUGAAGUCUGCUAUCACGCCUUCCCGAAAUCUUUCUUCUCUACUGCAAAUGUUCCUAAUAAACUCAACUACUUGUACAACAUUAGCUUUAACAGGACAUUUUUUUCUACUUAAGACUGUGGGUAGGCUAAGGUCAAAGAUAAAUUAAGCAUCUGGAAUGAACAUACAUGAUACGCUUCAAGUUACAAUCUUUGCCAUUGGAGCAGAACAGCAAGCAUUUUUUUCAGCUGGCUCAACUUGUAAUCACAUUUGUUGUAUUUUGUAUUUUUAUUUUUUACAUUAUGAAAAACGUAGCUUAAUUUGUUUAUUUCCUGUAAAUUGGUAUUUAUGUGUAUAUAAAAUGCUGUACAAUAUGACUUUCUGGAAAGUUUUAGACUAUAUUUAGAAUCCCUUUUCCCAAAACAAACAAACAACAAAAACAAAAAAACACUGCUCAAAUGAAAACUAAUUUAACACACUGACUGCCA